GAAUCACACAAAACAUUUUGCACUUAAACGGAUUAAAAGCGCAAAGGUUUAGCUUUAAAAGCAGCAAAAGAACGUAAUAGUAGAACAAAUUCUAAACUAGAAAAUAUAUUCAAAUAAAUUUUUAAACAAAAACAAACUAAUUAUGGUUCAAAAGCUUGUUAUACUUAGUGCUUUGUUGGCUGUAGCUUCGGCUGUUGUGAUUCCAGGUCCUGGCCUUCAUGGACCUCUUCUAGCUCCUGGUUUACAUGGACCACUUGUAGGUCCUGGUUUACACGGACCUCUUCUUGCACAUGGACCAGCUCUAUUGCCUAAAUUAGCUCCCUUGGCUCUUCCCGCUAUUACUAAAAUUGCUGCACCUGUUGUAGCCAAAGUUGCCGCUCCCGAACCCUACGAUCCUAAUCCUCAAUAUAGUUUCAGCUAUGAUGUUCAUGAUCAUUCCACAGGUGAUGUAAAGAGCCAACAAGAAACCCGUAAUGGUGAUACCGUUCAAGGUGCUUACUCUUUGAUUGAACCCGAUGGCACCAGACGUUUGGUUGAAUACACUGCUGAUCCCGUCCAUGGUUUCAAUGCUGUUGUACACCGUGAACCAGUGGCUGUUAAAGUAGCACCUGUUGCUAAAGUUUUAGCUCCUGCUCCACUAUUACAUGCUGCUCCACUCGUUGCUAAACCUGUAUUGCCAGCUUUACCCGCUUUAAAACUAGCUCCUUUGGGUUAUCCCGCCUAUCACUAAGUCACUUAUAUAGUUGAAGGCAACUAUCAAAACUUACCACCAGCACUAGCACUACCCAAUAAACAACCACAACAACUCUCACUUGCAACAACAACAACAAAAACUAAAACGUUGACGACUUUUUCAUGAAACUCUGGAUAAAAUGCUUACGAUUAACUGUUAAAUUUGUUAUCACUCAAUCGAACACUCAUUCUUCGCUCACACAUAUACACUCCUAAACUCUAGCUCAUUAUUUACUUUUACUAUUAGCUCGUCCUUUUAUUAAGGAAGCUCAAUAGUAUAAGUUCCUUUGUGGUUAGUAGCUUUUGGAGGUUUGGUGUAUUGACAUUUGAGUGUUUGUUGUAAUUUAGUCAUCACCCUCUUAAGGAUAAUACUACAUACAAUUAUACAUUUUAAAUAUAUUAUUUCCUUUUGUUUUCGUAUUUAUAACGAA